AUGGCUUUUGACAUUUCUUCGGCAUAUCUUCAUCACGGUCCACGCAGCACCGCAACGAUGCUUGACAUAAUAUCCCACGUGCCCUCGCACUUGACCAAAGCGCUUUACAUCCCAAAAUAUGACGACACAAUCUCUCAUUUCGCGAUAUAUGACAUCUCGAAGGAAUAUUCCGAAAAAGUGGGCGUUAAUCCCAUGGGCUCGGAGAGUUACAAGGUGGAGCUAUGCCUUCUUCGAAAGCCUAGCGGAUAUCAUGCCGGUGACAACGCUCGGUUCCUGGUAGACGUCGACGCUAGUGUCUCUAUUCACGAGAGAGUUAUGGGUCGAGACCCUUUGGAUGCGGAGGUAUCAUCGCCGAUCGAUGGAGAAAGGAGUGCUAAGUUGCAGAUACACACGGGAGAUUCUUCGUUCGAACUCACUGGGCACGAAUGUUACCCUUUGCCAGAGAAAGAAACGAAGAAAAGGGUCAUCCGGUACCCAUACAUGAGCAUGUCCGGGAAUCACGGGCCUUCGAAAGCGCUCCGUUGUGACUGGCAGGUUCAUCCAGCUGAGAAGGGACCUCUGCGCUAUGAACUGGUGGACCUAGAUCGACAAGGCGAAGGUGAUGGCUCGAUACUAGCGAUCUAUCAUCACCAUGGCUUUGAGAGCGAGCUACCUACAUCUUACAGCCACGGAGUUCUCCUUCUCCCGAAUGACUCUACGCCAUUGUUUGACAUCACUGUUGUGUCAAGUCUUAUGGCUCUUCUGGCCACGAUUCGCAAGCAACCGGCGGCACGAAAACGAUCACGCUUUCGGUCUUUGAUGGCAUCUUUAUGA